AGAGGAGCGUUUCUCACCGCACCACCAACUUGUCACCAAAGAUGGCGAUUUGCUGAGUGCUCAUGGAUACACACAUUUGUCGGCUAGUUGUUAUCUUACCAGAAACGCUAACUCUAAAAACAAAUUAACUGCUUACGGAGCAACUAUUUCUCCAUUUAAAGCACACCUGACGCAACGUCAGCCACCGCCACCAUGCAGAUCACGCUUAAAACACUGCAACAGCAGACCAUUCAGAUUGAGAUAGACCCCGAACAAACGGUGAAGGCAUUGAAAGAGAAGAUAGAAGCAGAAAGAGGAAAAGACAACUUUCCCGUCUCUGGGCAGAAGCUGAUAUACGCUGGAAAAAUCCUGCAAGAUGACACGCCUAUUAAGGACUACAAAAUUGAUGAGAAGAAUUUUGUUGUGGUGAUGGUGUCCAAGGCUAAGCCUGCAGCUGCCGCCUCGCCUCCAGUCUCGGAAGCACCCAAGCCCCCUGCACAGGACUCUGGCUCCACGUCAACAGCUGUCCCGGCCACUACCCCAGCUUCAGCUUCAGUCCCAACACCAUCAGCUGUCCCCAUUCCCUCUGAGGAGGCCAAAGAGGAGCCAAGUGUUGCAGCCACAGAACCACAACAGCCAGCAAGCUCCAGUGGUGGGGGUCAGGGGUUGGAUGCGUCCUCAGCACUGGUGACUGGAGCUGAAUACGAGUCCAUGCUGACCGAGAUCAUGUCUAUGGGCUACGAAAGGGAGAGAGUGGUGGCUGCGCUACGGGCCAGUUUCAACAACCCCCACAGAGCUGUGGAGUACCUUCUUACUGGUAUCCCCAGCAGCCCAGUCCAGGAGAGUAACCCCCCAGCGCAGGCCCCCACAUCUGGACCCACAGAAGCCCCAGCAUCUCUAGCGGAGGGAGAGAACCCACUUGCAUUCCUGCGGACCCAGCCCCAGUUUCUGCACAUGAGACAGGCCAUCCAGCAGAACCCGGCUCUGCUACCAGCUCUCCUCCAACAACUAGGCAGAGAGAAUCCUCAACUUCUACAGCAAAUCAGUCAGCAUCAGGAGCUGUUCAUCCAGAUGCUGAACGAGCCAGUGGGAGAGGGAGGGGAGGCGCCAGAGGUUGGAGAGUUGGGGGCAGCAGGGGAGGAGGGCGCACCUGUCAACUAUAUCCAGGUUACACCUCAGGAGAAGGAAGCCAUCGAAAGGUUAAAAGCGUUGGGUUUCCCUGAGGCUCUGGUGAUCCAGGCCUACUUUGCCUGCGAGAAGAACGAGAACCUGGCAGCCAACUUUCUCCUUAACCAGGGACUGGAAGAUGACUGAAAAGCCGAGCUCACUGCCUUCCUGCUCCUCCCUCCUACCCUGCCCCUCUUCAGCUCAGCAUAAAGACUGCACCCCCAAUUUACUGUACAGCUACCAACCUCAGCUCAACCCAACAGGAGGGGAGAGCCAGCAGGGGGGUGUGGGCGGGUGGGGGUGGGCUGGGAAGGGGAGGCGGGGGUGGGUUAGGGUAUGGUGGGGUCACACACUUAAAGUACACAGAGGGGAGGUUGUGUGCAGGAAGGUCAGACUUGGAUUAUGGGAGGUCGGGGUGAAAAAGUGAGGAAGAAUGAUAAAAUCCACGUGAAUUCCAAUGGAAUGUGUAGGGUUUGUCUAGGGGAGACCUAUAAUUUGAUUUUAGACGCGCUUUGUGAACAUGAGGGAGGGAGGGAGGGAGGGAGGGGGGCGACAACAACGAGAGUGCUUGUGUCUGCGUGUGUGUGAGUACAUGUCCGUGUGCCUGUGCAGAUGGAUGCAAUACAGUUAAGCAGAAAAAAAAAGUAAUCAAUUUGCAUUCUCUAAGUUUGUUAAUGCUGUAGCUGGAUUGUACGGAGGCACAUCCUCCUCACUGCACUUCACCAUUAUCAGUGUGUGUAACUGCUUGUAUGUACCUCUGUAAGCCUCAUGUACGUACGUCCAAGGAUGAAAUUGGUGGUGAUCGACUGGACAGCGCUGCCCUUUGUAUGUGUCUGACAUGAUGUUGCUCGGGUCUAUCAGUCUGUUUUGGUGGGGAAGAAAAAAAAACGGGAACUAAACUGACAAAAUGAGUAUCUGGUUAUUCUGUUCACUUUGUGUAUCCACCCUCAUCUGUUGUUCCAUGGUGGCUUCACAGAUUACAGCCAAUCCCCACAUCCCUGAAAAUGCUGUGCCCUCCCUGUUGGGUUACUCAAAUGUGGAACUGUUUUGUCUAUGCCAAUAGCUUCUGGUGCUAAUGAACACCCAUAGAAAUUUGCAACUUAAACAGAUUUUCAAAGAUUCUUUAAAAUCUUUUGUCAUUAUGAUUUAAAAACACAACAAAAGAAGGAGAAACUGAAAUAUCCACUACGGUGUAGUAGUGUUUACCUAAUCCAGUAAAAUUCUUUUAAGUUUUAAUUGUUGGUUGCAACUGAAUUUCCCCCCCCCCCCCCCCUCAGUUUACCAAGAGAGACCUUUUGAUCAAGACAGCCCUCAUCCUUAACUGUAUGUCUAUUUUAGUUUGCCGGGAGUUGACCCGCAGUAUGUGGAAAGACGCAUUUUACAAGAUUAAAAGCCCACACUAGGUUCUUAGGUCUAUAUGCAAAUGUAUUGGCAGAUAAAUCAGUGUACUACUUGGUGAGGUUUAACUGGGAUCCAAAUCCAUUUAAAAUGUAUUUUAGACUGCACAUACUGUAACUUCUUAUCUUUCGAAGCUGGGGAAAACUAUAGUUCGAAGUUGAAACCAUUUGAUUUAGGUCAGAGUUCUACAUUCUGAAUAGAAGAAAGUGAGUAAAAAUUAACUUCUCUGUUGUCUAAACCUUCUGGCACUCUUAUGCUGCCCUGCAUUAUAUGGCCAAUCGUGCCAGUUAGACUCGGCUUCAAAUGAGCAUGUAUGGGCGGAGUCAGAAGCGACAGCAAAGAGGCCAAACACCCGCCUGUCAUUGGACUUACACAUAGCAGCCACCUAUUGAUUUAGUUUCAUAUUCAAAUAUUUCAAGGCGUUUAUUAAUCAUUUAUUACACCCAAUACACAAUGUAACCAUAAUAAUGUACAGUUAACUAUUGCUGAGAAGCAGGGCUUUAAAUGUGUCUUAACAAAUGUGCACUCCUUUCAAUCUGUUCCACAGUGUGCCACAAAUUAUACAUAGAUAAAGGCUACGUUGCAUGUCAAGGCUUAACACACAAAACUGCUAAUGCAGAGCAGUUCAAAUCUAUCACCAUCGCACUGUGUGUGCAGAUGGGCUGAUUGUCCACUACGGAUUACUGUAUUAUGAAUCUCGUGGUAGUUGCUGGCCCGGCUGUGGUGUGUGAGAUGGGGGUGUUUUGACUGCAAAGGUUCUCAAGUUUGAUGCGGGUCCAUGAACAGACAAUAACUGUAAAAGAAAAUAACUAAAUGUCUUCAGUCUCAUUCUGUAUGUGUGAAGGCAGUUUUCACUGACAACUGUCCUACAGCAUCAACAUGAUCUUAGACUAUGCUGUGCUAUAUUAAAUAUCAGCAGUCUUUCAGGC